AUGUUGAGGUCUCUUAUGGUGUUCAGAGCUUCUAACAAUAGUCUUUCAGGUUCAAUCCAUGCAUCCACUGGAAACCUAAGCAUCUUAACCAUUCUAGACCUUGGUCGGAAAAAAAUUUCUGGAUCAAUACCGGAAGAAGUUGGACAUAUUUUAUCAUUGAAUAAAUUACACUUCUAUGGGAACCAUCUCACCGGCUCAAUUCCUGCCUCCAUUGGGAACAUUAAAGCCUUAAAGGAGUUGGACCUUUUUAACAACCAGCUUUCUGGACUUGUUCCCACCACGAUUGGAAACUUGACUAAUCUCAAUGUCUUGGACGUAACAGUUAAUCAACUAUCUGGCCCUAUACCUCCAGGAAUUGGAAAACUCAGAUUCCUCACAUGGUUGAGCUUUUUCAAUAACAGCAUGAAUGGAUCCAUUCCAUUGGAAAUGGACAAUCUUACAAACUUGGAGUAUUACCAACUGCAAGUCAAUUCAUUCACUGGAUAUCUACCAGAUAAUGUUUGUCUUGGUGGGAAACUUUUAGAGUUUUAUGCAGAUGAUAAUAACUUCAUAGGUCCAGUUCCAAAAACCUUGAGAAAUUGCACUAGCUUGAUCAUAAUUCAUCUUGAAGCAAAUCAGCUUACAGGAAAUAUAUCAGAAAUUUUUGGAACAUGCCCAAAUUUGUAUUAUAUGGAUUUGAGUAGAAAUAAGUUUUUUGGUGAGCUUUCUGAAAGGUGGGGAAAAUGCAGUAAUCUUUCUUUGUUGAAUAUCUCUAAAAAUGACAUUUCAGGUAGGCUAUCUCCUGAACUCGGGAAAGCUACUGAUUUGCGUAUACUUGACCUAUCCUUCAAUCAUCUUGCAGGGAAGAUUCCAAAAGAACUUGGCCAAUAG